UUUUGACACUCUCUCCCGGAGAUAAUAACCCCACUCCGGCACACCCCCAUCUAAGUUUUGAGCGUCGGAUUCCGGGGAAGGGAAGAAGGGCACGUAGGAGAUAUGGCGGUGACCGUGACUUUAUCGCUCUCUCUCCUUCUCUUAUCUCUCUCAUGUACAGGAGCGGAGAAUGCAGAGGAGCGCCUGGUGAACUACCUGUUGAGUCCAGAGCGUUAUAACAAACUGAUCCGUCCUGCUGUUAACAAGAGCCAGCAGGUUACCAUCUCUAUACAGGUGUCUCUAUCACAGCUCAUCAGUGUGAAUGAGAGAGAACAGAUUAUGACCACCAACCUCUGGCUGUUCCAGGAGUGGAAUGACUACAGACUGAGAUGGGACCCAGAUAAAUACGAAGGCAUCAAAAAACUACGAAUCCCAUCUCAACACAUCUGGCUUCCUGAUAUUGUUCUCUACAACAAUGCGGACGGGGUGUACGAGGUCUCCUUCUAUUGCAACGCCGUGGUGUCCAACACAGGAGACAUCUUCUGGCUCCCGCCUGCCAUCUACAAGUCAGCCUGCGCCAUCGAGGUCCAGCACUUCCCCUUCGACCAGCAGAAGGCUGGACCAAUGAGAGACAGUUAA